AUGCCUGACCCUUGGACCGCAGAGCGUCCCGAAACGGACGACGACGAGUGGGGUGUCACCAGCGGCGGAAGCCCACGCAGCAUGGGUUCAGCCCCCCGGAACGGCCACGCAUCACCGCCUCGGGCGCUUGGUCUGCAUCGCAGCGCGUACUCUCCCCCUAUGAAGGCCGCGGCUGGACCACCAAGCAAGAAGAGCUUCGGCGCGCCGUACACGCUCGAGGUGUGGGCGAGCGUCAUGGACAAGAGCAAAGGUCGUGACAAGGUCUUGAAAACGGUCCAGUACUCGCUGCGCACAUACCUGUACCUCCUUGGCCUCAUUGCUGCUGUGCGGCCUCUGACCAAGUGGUUCCGUGCCAACCAGAAGCGCGCAACACUCGCUGUUGCUGGCCUUUCUCUCACGCGCAAGUGUCUGCUCUUGCUCAACCCUCUGCGUCCCGUUGGCGCGCUUCUCUCUCCCGAGCCCACGUCGGCGCGUGAGUUCCUCGACCACCUCAUCGACCUUAUCGGCGCCGUGGCCGACGACGUGUUCUGUCUCUCCAAACUCGGUCUCGUCUCGCGGCGCAAGGGCAAGAAGGCGGACAUGUGGGCCAACCGGAUAUGGCUCUUUAGCACCGUUACCGGGCUUUACGCCCUGUACGCCAAGUCUUUCCGUCCUCGUAGCAAGGAGGACAAGACCGAAGACGAGUGGAAGCAGCGCAAGCUGCUCUGCGACCUGGUGUUUGUCUCAUACGACAUUUUCGAGAUCUCCUGGUUCAAGGAGCCCGUCCUCUGCAUCUCUGGUCUCAUGGCUGCACUGAUAGGCACGGGCCAGCUCUACCACAAGGAAUGGCAAGCCAUGUCCAAGCAGCGACUGCAAUAG